AUGGAUUCAGAUACCUUGCAAGCCUUCCAGAGUGAGCUCACAUGCUCCAUCUGCAUAAACUACUUCAUAGACCCUGUCACCAUCAACUGUGGUCACAGCUUUUGCAGGCCCUGCCUAUACCUCUGCUGGGAGGAAGCCCAAACGUCAAUGUGCUGCCCUGAGUGCAGGGAAAUAUCAGAGAAGCCAGACUUCAAAACCAAUAUUGCACUCAAGAGGCUGGCUUCACUUGCUAGACAAGCCAGGCCUUGUCACGUUGACAGCUCUAAGGACCAGAUCUGUGUGGCACACAAGGAGGCAAAGGGGCUCUUCUGUGAAGUGGACAGAAACCUGCUCUGUGGACCCUGCUCUGAAUCACUGGAGCACAGGGCUCACAGCCACAGUUCGAUAGAAUGUGCUGCGGAGGAAUACCGGGAGAAAUUUCUAAAGAAAAUGGACACCAUACGGAAAAUGACUCAGGAAAUGCAAAACCAUCUAAAUCAGGAAACUAGUAAAAUCCAUUCAUUAGCGCACUAUGUGGCUUUACGGAAGGUGACGAUCAAAAUUCAAUGUCAGAAGAUACAUCUGUUUCUCCACGAGGAGGAGCAACUCCAUCUAGAGACAAUAGACAGAGACGCAGCGGAGACUUUCCAGCAACUCAGGAACAGUGAAGUCAGGAUGACCCAACAGAAAGAACACCUAGAAGAAAUGCACAGAGAGCUGGCUGAGACGUGCCAGAAGCCUGCCGCGGGGCUGCUCCAGUGGUCAGACCUCUCCCUGGAAGUAGACUAA